CCUCUAAAUUGUUCACAACUUAAAAUAAUUGACUUCAAUAAUGUCUGCUGUUGUGCCUAAAAAGCCACGCUUGUAAAUUCAAAGUAGUUCACUCCUUCAUCUGCUCUGUUUGUCACCAUGACUCUACACAUAGACCACAGCACCAUGAAAACUGUCAUAGAUUACACAUAUUUUUCAGACCUCACACUUAACAUCACCAAGCUACGAGGGCGGCGGACAGGAAGUAUAGAUAUAUUGAAUAACUGCUGCAGAGUUUGAGUAAUGGGAAGGAAACACGCAAGCUGUUCUGAAGAAGAAGAAGAAGAAGAAUACCCGAAACUUCUCUUUUUUCACAAGCUAGAAGGCUUCCUGGUUAUAGUUGUUCAGUAGGUCGAGAUGAGGAUGGGACACGCUUGGCUUUACGUGCUAUUCUUGUUCAGUUCAGUCAUCAGAGGAUUCGCCCAAGAUCAACUCUCUGUGUCUCCAUCAUGGCUGAGUCCUGGAGCCUCAGUGACUCUGAUCUGUGAGGUUGAACAUCCACCUGCAGGAACCAGGUUCUUCUGGUACAAAGCUGUUUAUGAUCCAUCAACCAGAUCCUACAGCUAUGAGCUGCUGCCUGGCAGCUCUGAUGGGACUGAUGAGAAUUUCUACAUUGUUCAUGGACUCACUAGCACAGCAGGUUAUGUGUGUAAAGCAGGAAAUGGAAAACCAAAAUACAGAGAUCCAAGUUUUGUCUGGUCAGCAGAUCCUCGUCCAGCAGCUUCUCUCUCAGUGAAUCCUGACAGAGUUCAACACUUCAAAUCUGACUUUGUGUCUGUGAGCUGUGAGGGAAACUCUCCUGAGUGGAGAGUGUUGAGGUUAACAGAAACAGGACAACUGUCAGCCUGCUCCACCUGGGGGACAAUGACUGGAUCUACAUGUACCUUCAAGAUAAACUUGUCUGUUAGUAGAGUUUACUGGUGUGAGUCUGGAUCAGGAGAGUUCAGCAAUGCAGUGAACAUCACUGUACAUGACAGUCUUUUGAAUAAUACAAUCCUGGUGAGCCCUGUUCAUCCUGUGACUGAAGGAGAUCCUGUUACUCUGAGCUGCAGAGAUAAAAAACAAAAUCUUCUCUCCAAUGUAUUUUUCUAUCACAAUAAUAAACUCAUCAACAAUGGCAGUAGAGGGGAGCUGAAGAUCUCUGCAGUGUCAAAGUCAGAUGAAGGUUUCUACAAAUGUCAACAUUCAAGAGAGGAGUCACUACAGAGCUGGAUGUCUGUUAGAGUUACUGUGCCCAGUCCUGCCAGCUCUUCAUUUCCUGUGAUGUUGAUCGUUGGACCAGUUGUUGGAGUCGUUCUCUUUAUUCUCAUUAUUCUCCUGCUGACAUGGUGGCGAUACAGUCAGUCCAGAAAUUCAUGGUGCAUCAGGUCAGAGGGCAGCAGUCAGAGCUCCUCCACAAAUCAAGGACUCAACCAGAGAGAGAGUCAAGUUUACAACUCUCUGCUACACGGUGAUACUUCUGAGUAUGAGACAAUCCAGUCAGACUCUAACAAUAGGAGGCCUGGUAAUCCAGAGGACGAUCAUGUUUACAUAAAUAUGAACAACAGAAAACACAGAAUCCAUUGAAUGCUAAAAGAAUCACUGUAGUGAAAAGAAAACAAAAAGGAAAGUGGAGUCCUGCUGCAGUUUAUUCUGAAAUCAGAUCAAGAAAGUUUACAAAAUUGCAUUUUAACUUUCUAUUGGUUCAGAUUGAACUGAAUUGAGUUUUUUAUUAUUGCAACAUAAGAAAAAAUCCCACAUCCUCAAAUGUUUCUAACAAAAGUCUGUGGAUGAAGAUGAGCUAGUCAACAUUUUAUGAAACUGAUGCAAGUAGCUCUGGAAUACAAACACAAAUAUGUACAGAAAUUGGAACAGAUACAAUUUAAAGUUUUGUCUGGACUGAAAUCACUUGGCUCAGGUUUUAUUUUAACAUAACAGCAUGUCCUUUAAAAAUGCAGCACUUCUCAUGUUUAUUGUUCAAGAAAAUUCAUUUCUAUGUUUGGUGUAAAGAUAUAUUAUUAGCUCUGUUUAUUCUAUUUGCAUGCAGAAAAACACAUAUUACUUAGAUGUAAAAAUAUUUGUGUGUAUUUUUAUUUUUGACCAUCUUUAACUCCAUACUUACAAUUAUUAUUAAUUACAAACUCACUGGAUGCAUGAUUUUGAAAUGUGAAAUGCAAAAACAUACACAAACAACAACUUAAGAAAGCCAUGACACUUUGAUAUUUUCCAUUUUAUUACACCUGGCAUACAUGUAAGGAGUCAUCAUGCUAAAUAAAAGUAUGUAAACAUGUUUA